AUGUCCCCUGCACGCAUUGGCGACCCCAUCAGCAAGCGAAUUAGCGCGCUCGCCGAAGACCACGUCAGCCGCACAUCGCCCUUCUGCGCGCACACACCCGCGCUCCUGCUCACCGCCGUAAGCGUUGUUGGUGGGGUUGUGGAACCAAAAAUGAAGCUGAGUUUCCUCCGAACACCCUUGUGCGAAGAUAGGUGAAGGCAA